AUGGCCCUGUCCAACCAGCGCGUGCACACCAGUGGCCAGCCCUAUGACUGCCCGUACUGCGGUGAGGAGUUUGACAGCUCGCGGCAGUUGCGGCAGCACCGGCGGACCCACGGCGGCGAGCAGCUGCUAGCCACUGUGACAACAGAGCACAGGGGCUGCGGGAGCACCAGCGGAUGCACACUGGAGAGAGACCCUUUGUGUGUGUUGAGUGUGGCAAGUGUUACACCCGCCUUGACCACCUGCUGGAUCACCGACGAGUCCAAACCAGCCAGCGCCCCUUCACCUGCCGUCUCUGCGAAAGACAUUUGUCAAGGAGGACUCUCUUGAACUUCUACAGGUGCACAGUAGAGAGCAUGCUGACUGGCUGCAUCGUGGCUUGGUUCGGCAACUUGAACGUCCAGGAGUGGAAAAGACUACAAAAAGUUGUGACCUCUGACCAGUCCAUCAUCGGCUCUGACCUCCCUACCAUCGAGGGGAUCUAUCGCCGUCGCUGCCUCAAAAAGGCUGGCAGCAUCAUCAAGGACCCACACUCAUCUCUCCACUGCCAUCAGGUAGAAGGUACAGGAGCCUGAAAUCUGUUACAUCCAGGUUCAGGAAUAGCUACUUACCCACAGCCAUCAGGCUUUUAAACUCACCAACAAACAAACUGAACUAUAACAGCCGAUUUACCUGUUUAUUUAUGUGUGUGUAUAUAU